AUGGCCGGUAGUUCGAGCGCCGAUGCGAGGAUCGCUUGCACGUGGUCGACAGCGAUGGACUGCGUCAACACGUCGCUGUCCAAGCGCCUAGCGGCCGCCACGUCGUUACUGGAGUCGUCCGAUCCAUGGAGCUCCCUUGCGUCGUGUUCGAUGCAUACGCGGAACAGUCAUGUCCGAUCGAUGCUCAGCACAUGCUCCGAAGUGCUGCAGGGAGGCGACGAAGGUGCCGUUGCCGACUGGUUCUUCUUGACAGCGUCGGCGUUCAUGUCCUUGCAUCAGUCUUCUUCAAAUACCUCGUGCGACUCGAGCGCCGUCCUACGCAUCUUGCGUAAAGUCGGACCGUAUAUGACGCUCCUGUCAGUGGCCUUGGGCACGUCCUGGCUCGUGUUGUCGCAGCCAGAGGUUGACAUGAUGCUAGAAGCCUUGGAAACAUGCGUGUACGGCCGAGAGUACAUCUGGGAAGGUCUGCUUCGAGCGUUCAACCAGACGAGUAACCUUGGGAACGGUCACGUGGUCGCACUGGGCCACCUCCUGUCUCUGCUGCUAGCUCGCGACAGUGUGUUGAUUUAUCCAAACGACUUCCAGGUGUUUGUGGACAUUUUGGUGCGCGAAACGACAGAUUUGGACAUGGACGACCCCAGGCGCAGUACACUGGCGACGGUCCUACGAUGGGGUGUCCUCAGCCCAUUGUACGAGCGAGGCGGAAGGUAUCGCAGCAUGGAGUUAGCAAUCGUGGUGGCGCAAUGGAAGGAAGCCUUGGAAAAAGGACACGGGAGCUCGAUAGAUCGAACGCCUGCUUUGUCUGACCUGCAAGAGUGCUCAACGUGGAAGGCAUUGCGUGACGCCCAACUCGCGCUGCUGCAACAGACCUAAGAAGACAGUCGUAGAUGUCGAAUAGAUGUAUUAGGGAGAGGCCAGAGCUAGCUGCUGCCGGUCGAUUGCAGGUGCGACAGAAUAAGCUGCAGUUGGGUUUCGACUUCUUGUUGCACCGCAAGCGUAUGUGAUUCCUCGUCGCCAUGUCCACGGUUUUGGGAGUUGAGGAACUUCUUCAGGAGCCGAGCGGCUUCCUUGUCGGUCACCUCCACGCACUGCUUCACCUUCACGCCGCCCAAGCUGUCCAUGCUACAAGUACUGCUGGUGUUGGUGCUGAAAUGUGAUUGUUGGUUUUACUCCAACUCAU